AUGGAUGAAUCGGAGUUACCAGCGGAUGUUUUGAUCAUUGGCGGCGGACCUGCAGGCUCGAAUGCAGCAUGGGAGCUAGGCAAAGCGCACCACCGAGUGACUCUUUUUGUUGGAAAUAAGCCUGUCUCCAGUCCCGGUAGUGAAGUAGGGGAAUCCUCACUGCCGGGCGUGCUUAAGAACCGCGAGCUCUUCCACCUAUUGCAGCAAGAAACGAGCAAAACACUGCCGGUCACAGUCGAGAGAAAGAGAAUAACAGAAGUGAGGCGACUACCCAACGGUCUGUUCGAGGCGGAAGAUGCCGGGGGGAAUGUCUGGCCCGGCAGACUCCUUAUCCUGGCUGACGGUGCAGAAGAAGUCAUGCCUGAUAUUGCUGGGUAUCAAACCUGCUGGCAGCAGCAACGAAUGUAUGCCUCUACCUCUCUCAUCAUCGUCUUCAUGUCGUAA